AAUAGAAGAAGAUGUAUAAAGUGCAAAUUACACAUGUAUCAAAAUUUCUUAUACAAAUGUAGAUUUCCUUAUUUGGAAUGAUUAAACAGAAAAUAAAGAAAAUUGAGAGCUGAAUUUCUAUGAGUCUCUCACAACCACCGUGAGCGUCAUCCAUGGGACGUGGUUGACGCGUGCGGGGGAUUUUUCGUUUUUUAUUUUAUUUUAAUAAAAUUAACAGAGAAAAGAAAAAAAACGAAGGAGCUGUGAGGCGCCGUCUCUUCAACCUCUUCCCCUCCCUCCUCCACUUAGCUUCUCUCUCCCUCGAGGGUUUUACCAGGCAAGUUACACCAUAUCCCAUCGUCGGAGACUCAACGAUUCUUCUCGGAAUCUUAUUUCUCUAUUCAGCAAUUUCCGAUUGUGGCGCUGAGACAUAUACACACACAGCCAACACUUAAAAAAGUCAAGCAGGAGAAGCUUUUCUCUGUCUAUAAAGUGAAAUUAUGGAGCCCUCAUUUUUUCAAAGUUUUCUAUGAGGUUAUGUUUGGAUGAUAGAGACAUUUUGACUUACUCUUACAAUGAGUACACGAAGAAAUGGUAUUCCCAAGCAUCAGCGAGCUGAGAAAUUUUUUGGUGAAGGACCAAAUUGGAUACUAAUUGCAGGGGGUGCCUUGCUGAGCACAUUGUCCAUUCGAUUUGGGUACAAGCUAAAGCAGUCACUUGAUUGGAAACCUCAAUUGAAUGGCUCUGCUAAGUUAAAAGCCAAUGGGACAUCUGAGAGGCCAAAAUCUUCAAGCUGUUGCUUGCAUUCUAACACGUCUUCCUGUGGGCACAACAAUGAUUAUUGUUGCUUUCGCUCCAUUCCAGGCAGUGAGAAUGUGGAGGGAAAAGAGAUGACAAACGAGCAAAUGGUAUCCGCAUCUGACACUUCACUGCCUCUUGUGACAGUUCCUGCGCCAUCAUUUAGUAAAGAAAAUGGAGUCAUGUGGGCAAGUUCUCCUGAUCGCCUGGAACUUCCCCCAAAACCAUACAAUCACCAUUCUACCUGCUCAGAUUCUCCUUGCGUAUCUGAAACCAGCUCAGACAUCUUCAGCAAACGAGAAGUAAUACAGAAACUGAGGCAACAGCUGAAGAGACGUGAUGACAUGAUACUGGAAAUGCAGGAACAGAUAUUGGAGCUGGAAAACUCGUAUAAUGCGCAGAUGGCACACUCUAGCCAUCUCCAGGCACAGCUAGACACAAUGAACAGAGAUCUAUUUGAAUCGGAAAGAGAAGUCCAGAGACUUAGAAAAGCGAUAGCUGAUCACAGCGUGGGAUGCGGCACAGGUAGCAAUGGAAAGACAUCUCCUGUUGCACCUUGGAGUGGCCAUGUGAAUGGGUUUAUGGACAGCGAAAGCAACUAUGAGUCACAGGAAAAAGGAUUAAGGGAUGGGGAAAGAGUAGAGAUGUUGAAAAAGGAAGUGGGUGAGCUGAAAGAGGUAAUAGAAGGGAAGGAGUAUCUACUUAGGAGCUAUAAAGAGCAGAAGAUAGAGCUCUUGCAGAAGGUGAAAGAGUUGCAGCAGAGAUUGGACUCACAGGUCCCAAACAUAUUGUAGGUGGAAAGGUUAGGCAUUGUGCAUACUUGCGUCUCUUCUUUUCGUUUUGUUUUCUAUUAUUUUCUGGUUCUUUUUCCUUUUUCGAGAAGAUGAAUCUAUGUCCUAAGAUAAGAUCGUUGGAGAUAGAGGUGAUUUUCAGGUUCUUUCUAGCUUCAGCUUUCGUUUAUGAAUUGUCUUGAUUCUGUUUUUGUUGGGGUCUUUUAUCUCUUCUCUCUUUCUAAGCGUUUGGUGUAUAAAGGAAAAUAGUGGUUGAAGAGUUUGCCGCGGAA